AUGUCGAAACUUUCGCCGAGCUUGAAAGCGCUCAUCAAUGCUCCAUUCGCGCGGCCAAACACACUCCCUGCAUCGCCUCGAAUACGCUCUGUGUACGAGGGUCUGAGGAAAGAGGCAACGUCUAAAAAUGUCGGAGUACCGGCAUGGCUGACGUUAUCUACCGCGGCUACGAUGACGAUGAAUUCCCCAGACGGGUUAACAGAGCUGUACAAUCUCGCUACGGCAGGCUCAAAAGACAAGAAACAAUCUGUUGAGACAGCUGAGUUGAUGAGGGAGAUCGGGCUGAAGUGUAUUGGAUUCAAUGGCGUCCCUCGAACAAUCAACUGUCUAGGAGCCUUCCGCUCAAAUCUGCCAAAUGAGAUCGUCUCCUCGUUAUCUACAAAACCUACUCGAGUUGCUUCGACGAACAACAUCAACGACAUCAUCAACCGAGGUCAAUCCCUCUGGUCAUCCAUCUACCGCCCCUUCGAUAGCAAACUGUUCUCAAAACUUGCAGACUCGCACCCUGACCUCCCCGUCUUCAUCCUGAACCACGAGUACGGUGCUUUGUUCGCUGACCCUCCUGUCCUUGGUCGUGAGACUGGCGCCAAGGUUGGAAGAGUGCUGACGUCCAUUGUUGCGGUGGCCUGUUUACGUGCUCAGACGGGCGUUGGACCGCAAGUUGUGAGUCAUGUGUUUGGGUUGCGGAAGGCGUAUGAGGAUGAGAGUUUCAAGGCUAGUGGGGAGUUUCCUGUCGAAGGGGGAGAGUGGCUUGCUACUGAUGAGGGGAAUGUGUGGCUCUUAGACGCGGUGGAUAGGAUUGUUGAGGCAUUGGGGGAGGGGAGUGGUAGUUCCUUCGCGCCGGGGAUGGAGAGGGCGAAGUUGUAG